AUGCAGCGCCCAACAUAUUCCAUUCCGCCUGCGAACUCGCCUCCGCUUCACCACCCAGUCCCUCAACAUGUCUCUACAGUGCCACAAUUACGGUCACCGCCACCACCUUCGUCACAGAACUCACAACAUGGAGGAUACGCAUAUGGAGGGCACCAGCAGCAACAGUCACAAGGCUCCCAAGGACCGAGCGGCAAUUACAUGCACCCUGCAUUCGGAGGGUUCAUGAAUGAUCCCACGGCGCAGAUGGGUGUACAGCUCGGACGAAGUGCGGUAGAAGCUGGUCAGCAAUACAUGGAGCAAAACUUCAAUCGCUACGUCAACGUCUCUGCAUUGAAGCACUACUUCAAUGUCUCCAACUCCUAUGUCGUCAACAAGCUCUUCAUCGUACUGUUUCCUUGGCGGCAUCGCCCAUGGAGCCGACAACAAAUGCGGAGCAACAGCGGCAGCGGCGCCAUCGAAUACCUCCCACCUCGCGAAGAUGUCAAUUCACCUGACAUGUACAUUCCCGUCAUGGCAUUCGUGACAUAUAUCCUCCUAUCGACACUGAUUGCCGGUCUAAAUGGCAAAUUCGAGCCGCAACUGCUGGGCAUCACCUUCACCAACGCUAGUUUCAUCAUUCUGCUGGAAUUGAUCGUUUUGUGGGGAGGCCGGUACUUCCUCAAUAUCAGCAGCGAGAGUCAGAUCUACGACUUGAUUGCUUACAGUGGAUACAAAUUUGUCGGAGUGAUCGUGACGAUUGCUCUGGCUGCGAUCGUCAACCGCGGCGCAGGUACGGGCGGCUGGUUCGGCUGGGCCUUGUUCUUGUACACUUUCCUCGCAAAUGCUUUCUUUUUGCUUCGCUCUCUCAAAUAUGUGCUCCUGCCACCAGACAACGCCCCAGUGGCUCGUGCCCAACGAUCACGGCGGACACAGUUCCUCUUCGCCUACAGCUAUGUAGUGCAAUUCGGGUUCAUGAUGUGGCUGAGCAUGUUGGAUCUCAGCCCUUUGAAGAAGGGAGGCAAAUAA